GGGCACUCCUUCCCCCACCCCCCCCGCCCCGCCAGCGGGCCUUGGAUCUACGGCGGCCGCAUCCGACCGGAAGGGGGGGCCGCGCCUAGCGUGAACCCCGACCCUUUUCUGCAGGGACUGGGGCCCAGCGCCCCGGAGGAAGGAGUCGCGGGCGUUCUGCGAGCCAAGUUCGAGGCGGGGGAGGCAGCCUCGGGCGCGCCCGGCUUCUCCGGGGGGGCGGGCGCGCAGAUGGCCACUCAGGUGGAGCCGCUGUUGCCGGGGGGCGCCCAGCUCUUGCAGGCCGAAGAGCACGGGGGGCUGGUGAGGAAGAAGCUGCCGCCGCCGCCCGAGGGCAAGGGCGAGCCUGGAGCCAACGACGUCGGAGUGGGGGAGCCGGACGGAGGCACCCGGAGACCCCGGCCGCCCUGCGCCAAGCCGUACAAGGAGGGCACCGGGCAGCAGGAGCGCGAGAAUCUGCGGCCGCUGCAGCCGCUAGGCGCCGAAGGCCCGGCCGUCAGCGACGGGGAGGAGGGCGGCGGCGGCGAGCCGGGCGCUGGCGGAGGAGCAACCGGAGCCGCGGGCGGCGGCGGACGGCGAGACUUCGUGGAGGCCCCCCCGCCCAAGGUGAACCCGUGGACUAAGAACGCGCUGCCGCAGGCCUUGGCCACGGUGAACGGACAGUCCCCUCCAGAACAUUCCGCGCCGGCCAAGGUUGUGAGAGCAGCAAUUCCAAAACAGCGUAAAGGCAGCAAGGUUGGUGACUUUGGAGAUGCAAUCAACUGGCCCACACCGGGAGAGAUAGCCCACAAGAGUGUGCAGCCACAGCCCCACAAGCCUCAGCCUGCCCGUAAGCCACCACCCAAGAAGGACAUGAAGGAACAGGAGAAAGGAGAGGGGAGCGAUAGUAAGGAGAGCCCAAAAACCAAGUCAGAUGAAUCAGGGGAGGAGAAGAAUGGGGAUGAAGACUGCCAACGAGGAGGGCAGAAGAAGAAAGGGAACAAACACAAAUGGGUUCCAUUGCAAAUAGACAUGAAGCCUGAAGCACCCAGGGAGAAAUUGGCCUCGCGCCCCACUCGGCCACCAGAGCCUCGACACACACCUGCCAGCCGCGGGGAGAUCAAAGGGUCUGAGCCUGCCACCUAUGUGCCCGUGCCCGUGGCCCCCCCCACCCCAGCCUGGCAACCAGAGACCAAACCGGAGCCUGCCUGGCACGACCAGGAUGAGACAUCGAGUGUGAAGAGUGAUGGGGCUGGUGGGGCGCGGGCUUCCUUCCGUGGCCGUGGACGGGGGCGUGGUCGCGGCCGGGGACGCGGCCGGGGUGGCACUCGAACCCAUUUUGACUACCAGUUUGGCUACCGAAAGUUUGAUACUGCAGAGGGGCCUCGCACUCCCAAGUAUAUGAACAACAUCACCUACUACUUUGACAAUGUCAGCAGCACCGAGCUUUACAGCGUGGACCAGGAGCUGCUCAAAGACUACAUCAAGCGCCAGAUUGAAUACUACUUCAGCGUGGACAAUUUAGAGCGAGACUUCUUCCUGCGACGAAAAAUGGAUGCCAACGGUUUUCUUCCCAUCACCCUUAUUGCUUCCUUCCACCGAGUGCAGGCCCUUACCACUGACAUUUCACUCAUCUUUGCGGCCCUGAAGGACAGCAAGGUGGUGGAGAUAGUUGAUGAGAAGGUCCGCAGAAGGGAAGAGCCUGAGAAGUGGCCUCUUCCUGGUCCUCCGAUAGUAGACUAUUCCCAGACCGAUUUCUCCCAACUUCUCAACUGCCCCGAGUUUGUCCCUCGCCAGCACUACCAGAAGGAGACAGAAUCAGCCCCUGGCUCUCCUCGGGCAGUCACCCCAGUGCCAACCAAAACGGAGGAGGUCAGCAACUUGAAGACACUGCCCAAGGGCCUGUCUGCCAGUCUACCUGACCUGGAUUCUGAGAACUGGAUUGAAGUGAAGAAGAGGCCUCGUCCCUCCCCAGCACGGCCGAAGAAAUCAGAAGAGCCCAGGUUCCUCCACCAGACCUCUGUGCCUCAGCAACUGCCCUCCCAGCAGCUGCUGUCCAAGGAUCAGGAUGAGCAAGAGGAACUGGAUUUCCUGUUUGAUGAGGAGAUGGAGCAGAUGGAUGGGCGGAAGAACACCUUCACCGCCUGGUCUGAUGAGGACUCUGACUAUGAGAUUGAUGACCGGGACGUCAACAAGAUCCUCAUUGUUACCCAGACACCACCUUACAUGCGCCGGCACCCAGGGGGGGACCGCACAGGCAACCACACCUCACGUGCCAAGAUGAGCGCUGAGCUGGCCAAGGUCAUUAAUGAUGGGCUCUUCUACUAUGAGCAGGACCUGUGGACUGAGAAGUUUGAACCUGAAUAUUCCCAGAUCAAGCAAGAAGUUGAGAACUUCAAGAAAGUCAACAUGAUCAGCCGGGAGCAGUUUGACACUUUGACCCCUGAGCCUCCUGUGGAUCCCAACCAGGAGGUCCCUCCUGGGCCACCCCGGUUCCAGCAAGUUCCCACGGAUGCUCUGGCCAACAAGUUGUUUGGUGCUCCUGAGCCCUCCACCAUCGCCCGCUCUCUACCAACCACCGUCCCAGAGUCGCCAAACUACCGUAAUGCCAGGACUCCCCGGACCCCUCGCACACCGCAGCUCAAAGACUCAAGCCAGACAUCACGGUUUUACCCGGUGGUGAAGGAAGGACGGACAAUAGAUGCCAAGAUGCCUCGGAAAAGGAAGACAAGACACAGCUCGAACCCACCCUUGGAGAGUCAUGUGGGCUGGGUGAUGGAUUCUCGCGAGCACAGGCCCCGGACUGCUUCUAUCAGCUCCAGCCCUUCGGAAGGGACACCUGCAGUUGGCAGCUAUGGCUGUACCCCUCAGUCAUUGCCCAAGUUCCAGCAUCCUUCCCAUGAACUGCUCAAGGAAAAUGGCUUCACACAACACGUCUACCAUAAGUAUCGUAGGCGCUGCCUUAACGAGCGGAAACGCUUGGGCAUUGGCCAGUCUCAGGAGAUGAACACUCUUUUCCGGUUCUGGUCCUUCUUCCUCCGAGAUCACUUCAACAAAAAGAUGUACGAGGAGUUCAAGCAGCUGGCUCUGGAGGAUGCCAGAGAAGGCUACAGAUAUGGUUUGGAGUGCCUUUUUCGAUACUACAGUUAUGGCCUGGAAAAGAAGUUCCGGUUAGACAUAUUCAAGGAUUUUCAGGAGGAAACCGUAAAGGACUACGAAGCUGGCCAACUCUAUGGGCUAGAGAAGUUCUGGGCCUUCUUGAAAUAUUCCAAAGCCAAAAAUUUGGACAUUGACCCCAAAUUGCAAGAAUACCUCGGGAAAUUCCGACGUCUUGAAGACUUCCGAGUAGAUCCCCCUAUGGGUGAGGAGGGCAACCACAAGCGACACCCAAUGGCAGCAGGAGGUGGCAGCGGUGAGGGCAGAAAGAGGUGCCCUUCCCAGUCUUCCAUCAGGCCCGCCACCAUGAUCAACCAACCCCCUACGACCCCUACCGGCCAGCCCAUCCGAGAAGAUGCCAAAUGGACAAGCCAGCACUCAGACACACAGACUUUGGGAAAGUGAACGGCCCUUUAGCCCUGGGGUUGGGGAGGAAGGGGGUGGGUUGGGCGAAAGGCCAUGGGGGUGUCUGGUCCCAGGAGAGGGGGCUUAAAGGGAUAGGCCUGGAGUUAUUGGGACAGGCUCUUGUGCUGAGUAGUGGUGUGAAUACCAUUUGGGCUAUCAGAGGUACCUCUCUGGGCAGGAGCCUCCACAUACUCCCUCCCCCUCCCCCCUCCCAUGACUCUUCAUACCCUAGCUUCUUCUAAGGGGGGGUGGGAGAGGGGGGAGAUUUUUUUUUUUAUAUAUAUAUAUAUAUAUAUCAAGUUUUAAAUUAUUGAUAGUUCGUCUGGAUUACCAAAAUCACUCUGUAGCCUACCUGUGGCUGGUAGGCCACACCCCUGUUCCCCACCCGCAGCCUCUUCCUGCUCCCCCUCAAGUCAACUAUGCAGCCCACAAGAAGGCACUGCGGGCCCCGUUGUCCAGCAAUGUCCCAUGGAAGCUUCUGGCAGCACCCCUGGGCCCCAGGAGCACUAGCCCCUUGGUCAUCUAGGGCUUGCCAUCACCGUGUUUUCUGCCUGCUGUCCCCACCAUACCCUUCUGCCAGCGUCUGGGAGAAGGAAACCAAAGGAUCUAAAAGUGGGGUUUGGAGGAAGGUUUCAGCCUCUCCCCACUCCCCUCUUCCCCACGCCCUUACUUCCCAGCCCAGAGAGACGCUGCUCAUACCAGAAAAGACUAUUGAAAGAUGAUUUAUUUUAUUUUUCUCUGACCUUUCCAUCCUUGGAAAAAUAGAAAAAAGGAAAGAAAAAAAAAAAAAGACAAAA